AUGGGGACUCCAAGCCCGCCUUCCCCACUAUUCACUCCCCUCCCUCGCACCCUUACAGAAUCAUUAUCAUCAUCUUCAUCAUCAUCAUCACCCUCCUCCUCCGCCCCCACCGAAGACUGGUUUGCAUGGCUGCAAACAUUCUACGAACUGGAUUUCCUCGCCUCCAAAUCCUCCUCGGACAUCUCAUGGAUUGGAUCCACGCAAGCCUUCCUCAUGUUCAUUGUCUCGGCGAUUGUAGGGCCGAUCGUCGACGCAGGUUACAUGCGGUCCUUGCUAGUGCUCGGGGCCUUGCUCACCGUGCUGGGGAUGUGUAUGACGAGCCUGUGCACGGCAUACUGGCAGGUGUUUCUGGCGCAGGCGCUGACCAUGGGGCUGGGGUUCGGGUGCCUGCACGUGCCGGCCCCGACGAUCAUCUCUCAGUACUUCCACGCCCGCACUGCGCUGGCGAUGGGGGCCUCCUCCGCGGGCACGGCCAUAGGAGGCGUCAUCUACCCGAUCAUCUUCACCCGCCCUCAGCCCGCAUCGGCUUCGGCUGGACCACCCGACCUGGUGGACCGGACCGCAUUCCGAGAUGUGCCCUACCUCCUCAACACCGGCCUGAUCCUGGUGAUUAUCAACGCCAGCUCGUUGCCCGGGCGGCUGAUCCCCGGAUACUAUGCCGAUCGGAUCGGGUCGAUCAACGUCCAGACGGUAGUCGCACUGGUAGGUGCUGUGAUGACCUUUGCACCUAUCGCCAUUCACACGACCCCGGGACUCCUCUCUGCCGACCGUAGUAAGAUCGGGACCCGGCUGGGCAUGACCUUGGCGGUGCUGGGCUGCGGCGUGCUGGUGAGCACCCCCAUCGCCGGCGCAAUCCUGAACAGAGGACACGGUGGGGAGGGUCGCCAUUGGGUCGGGCUCAUCGUGAGGUGCGGUGCCCUGCUUUCGGCUUCGGUGGUGGCCAUGGCGACAACGCGGAUCUGGAAGAUUGGCCUUGGGUUCAAGCGGGUGAUUUGA